UGCCGUUCAGGUGGAACGGUAACUGCCGUUCCCAACAAUGGUAUGUGACACCAGUGUAGCAGGUUGGGCCUUUAAUUAGUGCUGCAGUACCGGCCUAUCACUGUUGGGUGCGCUGCCUAUAAAGGUGGGUGGUUGUGCACUGGGAGCACUCUUGCCUGGGAGCUCCUGGCUGCCCCGCCCCCUGUUGUCACCGAAACCUGAUCGCCUCACCUGAUCGCCUUUUAGUUGGAUCGUGCAGCUCGCCGUUGUUUGGCAGUUUAUUGGCCGGGUCUUCCCUCUCCCGUAUCGACCCCAGUUGUAGGGCGUGCGAGUGUUUCCUCCUCUACCUGUUGCAGCGGGGAGCGAUCGGCUGUAGAUCGAGUUGCACUUGUAAUGGUGUUGCUCGCUACAGGUGGUCCCCUUCCUCCCCUUUGAUGUUCAUUCAACUCCUGACGGGUUGACGUGUGUGUGGGCGGUUUCUGCCAGUACGUCCCCCCCCCUCUUCACGCUGCUGUUGGCCGGCUGCCGUUUUGUCCACUGAUUAUAUAGCCAACACAUCGAUCCUACUCUGCAUCUCCUACUGUGCUGUACCUGCCCCGAGUAUGGUGAUUGCUGCCUCACCCUAAGUCUCAUUAUUUUGAUCCAUUCAUUUAACAGACUUCCAACUGAUCUUAUUGAUGAUAUUAUUUGUGUUUUGUGGGUUGCUUUGCAUGUUUGUUUUGGCUUAAUUGCUUUACUUAUCCAUGAUAUUAUUUGUGUUUUGUGGGUUGCUUUGCAUGGUUGUUUUGGUUUAAUUCGUUUUCUUAGUUAUUUUGGUUUGGUUUAAUUGCUUUACUUAUUCAUUUGGAUUUAUCAGUUUGGAUAAAUCUCCUUUACUUUUGAUUUAAAACCCAUUUAGUUAUUUGCUCUUCCCUUUUUGUGUAUUUUGUGUGUGUGUGUGUGUUCGCUUUAGUGUGUUUGUGUGAACAUAUUUUAUUGAGAAGUCAUGCUUAAAGAUUAUAUAUAUUAAUUAAAAGGAAUUGAAUUUGUAUGCUGGACCCAGUCUCAAGCUUUCAUUAGUGAACGAACUUGUGUGCUUUAACUUAGGUUAAUCUAACUCUCCAGGUGAAAUUCCUGGGGUGGCGUUGUUGGCAACUUGUCACUAGUUCUUUAACUGAGCUUCAUUUUAUUGUUUCCCCGACCCCCGAAUGCCACAUUUGGCGUUGUCGGCAGGAUAAUUACUUUUGGAAAGCAGAGACGUGUGGUCCAGUUUCUUUAUAUCAUUUUUUUUGUUUAUUUUAAUAGUCCCCAGGGUACAUAUUUGAUGUAGAUGUUUUGAAUUGUGUUCAGAGGCAAAACGGCAGCUUGGCCUUUCGUGGUCCGCAGAGUCCCGGUGAGAAUCCAGUUGUGGGGUUGUUGUGUCCUAGUCUGACUGUAGUGUCAGUUAUGGAUGUAGAGCUGCAGGAAUUGAGGGAGCUGGUGGCGCAGUUAAAGGUGGACAAUGAGAGGUUGCGGCAGGAGCAGGCUGUGGCCGUGCCCGGUCCUAGUUCCGAAUCCUCCACUUCUUCUGUGCCACCUGUGGCCCCUGUUACUACUAGGAACCCCAUAGCAGAGAGGCUGGUUUUUGUGCCAAGGGAUAGAAAGUGUCCUAUGUUCAGGGGAAAAUCAGGUAUGGGGUUGACUGAGUGGCUUGAGGAGGCUCAAGCCUGCAUGCGGGCGCGUCACUUAUCCACAUCUGAGCAAGCCUUUUUCUUGUUUGAUCAUCUUGAGGGUGAGGCUCGAGAGGAGAUCAAAUAUCGGUCUGUUGUGGAGAAGGAAGACUCAGCUAAAAUCAUCUCUGUGUUACAGGAACUGUAUGGGUGCUCAAAGUCUUAUGUAGCCUUACAGGAGGAGUUCUUCUCCCGACGGCAACAAGAAGGGGAGACACUGCACGAGUUCUCCCUCGCGUUGUUGAGCUUGAUGGAGUCGGUGAAGAGAAGUGCACCUGGUGGUAUGACGAAUGCAGACGUUCUGCUGCGCGACCAAUUUGUCGAGCAUGUUUUGGACGGUGCCUUGCGUCGCGAGCUGAAGCAGUUGGUCAGGAGGCAGGCUACUGCUACUUUGCUUGAUGUCCGGGGUGAGGCGAUUCGGUGGGAACGGGAGGGGUUACCUGGGGGCGGGAGGGGUCGGAGUCAUUCCGUUCCUUCAGCUUUUGGUCUCCAGUACGGGGUACAGAGUGGCUCCCGGGGAGCAACCACUCCACCUCAGGGACAGGAAAUGGUGGAGAUGAGAGAGAUGUUAAGGUUGCAGCAAGAACAGCUGAACCAACUUACCCAGAGCAUCGCCACAUUGCAGCCCUCUCAUCUGCGCCACCCUCCACCUCGUCGUGGCCCUGUUAUAUGCCGGCGCUGCCAACAGUCAGGUCACUACGCAAGCGAGUGUGAUGGCGUUCGGGUUUCUGCUCGCACACAGUCUUCUUUGCCUGAUCGCCAACAGUCUAACAGGCAUUUUCAUCAGGCCCAGGAGCCGGAAAACUAG